CUGGAGUUAAAGCUCGUGCUCCUGCUGGAUGAAGCUCAUUCCACGUUUCAUGUAAACAUGUGUGAGAAAAAGCACGUCUGCUAAACGGGCUGCACUGUUUCACCCGAACUCAACUGAAGAACUGGAUUUAAUCUCUUGUGGAAAGGACAUAACGAUGGCUUCAGAAGUUUUAAAGUUGCUCGUCCUGGGAUGUGUUUCGUGUUUGGUCACUUUGACCGUCGGUGUAGCAGCUUCUGGAGGUGUGGAAACCUUGGUGGUGCCUGUCCGAGUUCCCAGUGUGCACUUGUCUCAGGAGGAGAUCCAAAGACUCCGCUUCAAACCCACCGUGGGAACUAUCCAGUGUUCGGAGGGUUCUGAGGUCACAUUCAACUGCUCAAUUGACCUCACCGACAUGGGACAGGACCUGAGUAUCCUGUGGUUCAAAGAUGGCAGAGAGAUAUAUGAUGGCACACAGACCACUGUGUCCAGCCAUGGAACAGUCAUUCUGCUGUCUAAGAUCAGUAUUAAGAGCGUUCAGAGAGCUGACACUGGAGAAUACCAGUGUAGACUGAGCGUCAGUAACAAAGUGAUCGAGUCAAAUCCCAUCAUUGUUGAGGUUGCUGGUUUACCGACUUUUACCAAACAGCCAAGCGAUGUAAACGUAACACGGAGCAGCUCUUUUACGUUGACCUGCGAAGCUGUGGGUCCCCCAAAUCCUGUCACAAUUAUUUGGCUUCUCAAAGGCCAGAAAUUAAACCAGACCAGUUCCUCUCCCAGCACCAUAACUAUCCAAGGUGUGGACUCGCCCACUCAGUACAGCUGUGAGGCUCACAACGCCAAAGGAGUCACGGUUUCCAGAGAGGCUCAGGUCAACAUUAAAGACAUUCCAGCCAAGGUGUCCAAAAUUACGGUGGAUAAGCGUGAAGCAAACAAACUCAUCUUAAGCUGGACUCCUGGACAUGAUGGCUUUUCUCCUCUCAGUAUCUGCCACAUCACAGUGAGAGAGCUGGACCGAAAGGGAAGCCCUACAAGGGUGAAUAGUAUGUCUGUCCCUCCAUUUUCCUACGAGAUCACUGACCUUAAAGCCAUGACCUGGUAUAACAUGAGUGUGUCCUGCACAAAUGAGAUUGGCCCCUCGCCACCCAGCUCCUGGGUCCAGAGCAACACUACUGAAGGAGUCCCUUCAGUGGCCCCUCAGAAUGUGACUGUUCAUGUAAACGUGUCCAUGCUGCUGGUACGAUGGGAAGCUCCUCCUCCUGACAAGAUAAACGGGAUCCUACAAGGAUAUGAUGUCCUUGUGGAUGAUGGGAUAUAUGUCAAUAAGAUUCGCAGUAUGUCUACAGAGGCAGCAGUGGCCAUGCAGGAGUUUAACACUACAUAUACUGUGGAAGUGAUGGCUUGCACUCAGGCUGGCUGUGGAGUUAAAAGCCCUCGUCAAUGGUUCUUCGUGCCAGCGAUUGAUAUGCCCCGGCCAUCUUCCAGUCCAGACACACAUGGUUCAGACUCUGUGUACAUUGUGUUUGGGGUUGUUUGUGCCAUCUGUCUUACGCUGUUUCUGAUUUUUGGAGCUCUAUGUCUGCGUAGCCGGAUAUUAGAGACUCGACUACAGAGGUUGCUUGGAAUUGGCGGGAAGCUUUCACCAAUCGUGGAGUACAGACCUCAGAGGUCCUACAAUCGAUCGGCAAUUGAAAUGACACUCACGAGCUUAGGUGUCAGUGAAGAACUUCAGACCAAACUUCAAGACGUGAUGAUUUUGAGAAGUCUGCUCGUCAUCGGAAAAGUUCUCGGAGAAGGGGAGUUUGGCUCAGUAAUGGCGGGCCAGAUAGACUGGCCUGAUGGAACGAGAGAAAAAGUCGCAGUGAAGACGAUGAAAUUGGAUAAUUUCUCACAGAGGGAGAUAGAAGAGUUUCUGACCGAAGCCGCCUGCAUGAAGGACUUUAAGCACCCUAAUGUAAUUCGACUACUGGGUGUAUGUUUAGAUGUGGGUCCAGGCCACUUCCCCAGGCCGAUGGUCAUCCUCCCCUUCAUGAGGUACGGAGACCUGCAUAGCUUUCUUCUUCGCUCCCGGCUUGGACACGAUCCAUUGUAUCUCCCAACACCUACUCUCGUGAGGUUUAUGAUUGACAUUGCUUCAGGAAUGGAAUACCUCAGCAGCAGAAAUUUCCUGCACAGGGACCUUGCAGCACGGAACUGCAUGUUACGAGAUGACAUGACCGUGUGUGUGGCAGACUUUGGCCUCUCCAAAAAGAUUUACAGUGGAGAUUAUUACAGACAGGGCAGGAUAGCCAAGAUGCCAGUCAAGUGGAUUGCUGUGGAAAGUCUGGCAGACCGAGUGUUCACCGUGAAAAGUGACGUGUGGGCAUUUGGUGUAACCAUGUGGGAGAUCGCAACUCGAGGCAUGACUCCAUACCCCGGGGUCCAGAACCAUGAGAUUUAUGACUACCUUUUGGAAGGUCACAGGCUGAAGCAGCCAAAUGACUGUUUGGAUGAACUGUAUAACAUCAUGUUAAGCUGUUGGUGUGCCGACCCUGUGGACCGGCCCGAUUUUACCAGUGUGAAGCAGAUGCUGAUGAAUCUGUCGGAGAAGCUUUCUGAAAAGAAGGACAUCAUUUACAUCAACACCACGGCCUCCGAGGAGGAAGACGGAGAGCAGCUGGCACUGGACAGCCCCGUCCUUACCUCCUCACCGUCCUGCAGCCGCCAGAUCGCAGACACGUCUGUAGUGACGGUAGACGUCCAUGAGAGCUCGACUGCGGAUGAGGACGACCGUUAUGUUAUCGUCGUCCCUUCAGAGGACGCUGGUGCAUUGGGACAGAGCAGCACUGUGGAUACUCCACUUUUAGCUGCAGCGAAUUUGGAGCAGGACACCGCUGACUCCUCUGGAGACGGAACAGGACUACAUCAGGCCUCUUGUGAUACGACACAUUUACUAUGAAGUACAAACUACAAACUGAACAGUUUUAGUCCAAGAACAUUUUCCUGUCUGAUCUCCUCCACUACAAACUGAUGUCUGAUUAUUGUUACUUAAUUGGAUGAAUAUAUAGAAAGAUCAAAUCUAGAAUGUGUGUAAAAAAGAUGUUUCUGUCAGUAUAUAUGGCCAGUUUAGUCAUUUGUGUAAGUUGUUUUUGUAUAUUGUCACAAAGCUGCUUUACAGAAAUCUGAGUCUAGCUAACGUUGAGUCGCACAAAAAAGAACCUUCAGGCUUUUUCCAAAGACUCGUACCUAUUGCACAGAACAGGGAUUUUAGCCUGUUAUUUAAGGGUUUGGAGGAUUUACUGCGAUUUCCAACUCAAAAAUAAUACCUUAACUUCUUCUUCUUCUUCUUCUUCUUCUUCUUAGCAGAAAUGUAAAUACAAUUAAAUCUGUAUAUUCCUGCUGUUGAAAAUAUGAUGUAUAUUGUAGAGGUUUUAAAAUGAUGUUGUAUGUAACUAUGUAAGCUAUGUGUAACAUGAGUGUCAGGAAUUAAUUGCGAAUAUAAAUAUUCUACUUGUAAUUAAAUUUAUAUUGGGACUGUG